UUCCCCAUCAACUGGAAUUCCUGAACAUGUAACUUUGUGUGUCGCUCAUCUCUGUGUGUCUAUUGUUCAGAGCUGUGAGUGGCUUGUCGUUGUGUGUGUGUGUGUGUGUGUUUGAAUGAGCAAAUGGGAGUGUAGAGAGUGUUCGCCCCCAGCUCGAGCCCCUUCGUCCUCCCCUUGUUGUCAUGCACAGGCGCUCUCCCUCUGGCAGCACAAGAGCCGUGUGUUUGAGCUCCACGCUUUGAAGGGCUCCAAAAAAACUUCUCAGCACUGUUUCAGAGAAUCAGUGACUAAAAGGGGGAGAGAAAGAGAGCGGGGGGAGGUGACGGAGAGCGUGAGGGGGAGAGAGAUGCGGAGCAGGAGGAGCUGCAGACACAAACAAGCGGACCUCCAUGUGUGGAUUUGAUCCCAGUUGUCGCAGGACACUUUUUCUCGGAGGAUAUUUGCAAGAAGCUCAACAACAGGGAUGCAGUGCGACGAGCUCUCGGCCAGAGAGGAGUUCACCUACAGCCACAUGUCCACGCUGGAGAGGGGCACCGGGUCUCUGGGACGCCGGGGGGACAGGAGGAUGGACAGGGGGGAGCGCUACAGGCCGGAGCGGGACAGCUACACGGUGGACGUUAGAGCCAGUGACCUGCAGCUGGCCCAGCCAGAGCCUCUGAAGCACCCCUGCUUCAGCUGCAGGGCCUGGCUCUACAGCGUCCUCAUAGGGGGCAGUCUGCUCAUCACCUCUGGUUUCUCUCUGUACCUGGGGAACGUGUUUCCUGUUGCCAUGGAUUACCUGCGUUGUGCUGCAGGCUCAGGCCUUCCUGCAGCGUUGGCCAGCUUUGCCAUCGCCAAGAACCGACAUGUAGCAGUGUCAGAUUUCCAGGUGCUCUACGUGUCCACAUUUGCGGUGACGACCACCUGCCUGGUCUGGUUUGGGUGUAAACUGGUCCUGAACCCGUCCGCUGUCAACAUCAACUUUAACCUCAUCCUGAUGAUUCUGCUGGAGGUGUUGAUGGCGAGUACUGUCAUCCUGUCAGCCCGCUCUGCAGAGGACUGCUGCUGCCACAGGAAGACGUACGACAGACCAGUGGUCAUAACGCCUGCAGUGUUCCCCACUCGACUCCUCAAAGCGUACUCUGUGAUCGAAGUCAUCGUUGGGAUUUCUGCUGUCUUUGGAGGAAUUAUUGCCCUCAACAUGGACGCUCUGCUGCCCGGACCAUACCUGUCCGUCACAUUUUUCUGGAUUCUUGUUGCUUGUUUCCCGAGUGCCAUAGCGAGUCACGUUGUGUCAGAAUACCCCAACAAAUGUCUGGUGGAGGUACUCAUUGCCAUCAGCAGCGUGACGUCUCCGCUGCUCUUCUCCGCCUCUGGCUUCCUCUCUUGCAGUGUGAUCAGCUUUAUUGAAAUUUUCCUGCAUGAGGUGCCCACGGCCAAGCAAUCCUACGACAUCCUGCUGCUGAUUCUGAUGGUGCUGCUGCUGGUGCAGGCAGUUCUAACCUCGGCCACUGUGGUGCACUGUGCCUCCUACAAGAGCCGGCUCCGCAUGGGGGCUCCAGAGAGCGACGACGGCAUGCACACACAGACAUACUACUGUGAGCAGGCAGUCAACGGAGCGCUGCAGGACUUUGACAAAGACAGAGCCUGGAAGGCAGUCGUGGUCCAAAUGGCCCAAUGAACAUUCCCACAGUACGGAGAGAUACGUUUUUAUAAGAAGAGGGGAAAGAAAGGAGGAUUAUAAAACUAAAUAAGAACGAGAGACCAAUCCUGAGAGAGGAAACAUGGGAAGAAAGAAAGAAGCACUUAUUCACAGAGGGGGAGAGAGAGAUAUUUAGGAGAAAGGAAAUCAGUGAGAAAAUAGAAUGUUUCUAGUUUCUGUUCAAGAUUUCAGCUUGAAAAAUGCUUUGAGCACUUUGUGUUUUUGCUUUGUGUCAUUGUUUUCUGCAUAUUGUAGUUAGAAGAAGCAUUUUGUGGCACCACGAAAUCCACUUUAUUCCAUAGUCAAGAUUUAAAAAAAAAGGUUCAGAGCACAAAAAACAAUGUCUAUAAAGUCUGAAGUGUUUAACUUUGCUUGAUACAGAUCAUGCACUAAACUGGAUUCUUACCGGUUUGAAUGGAUGUUACAGUUCUGUUUAACGUUGUAAAAGGAGAUUGAAAUCAUGGACUUCAAUCAAUGUUUUGACUUUUUUUUAUACUUUUUAGAAAAUGAGAAAAAAAACCUCCACCCAUUACCUUUACCGCCUAUCCCGUUCCUGGGGUCACGGGGGCUGUAGCCGAGAGGCGGGGUUACGGCCAAUCACAGGGCUGAUAUAUCAAGACAGACAACCAGCCACACUCACAUUCACACCUACGGACAAUUUAGGUUUCACCAGUUAACAUAACCAGCAUAUCUUUGGACUGUGGGAGGACGCCGGAGUACCCGGAGAGAACCCACACAUGCACGGGGAGAACAUGCAAACUCCACACAGAGAGGCUCCUGUCACACGGGGAUUCAAACCAGGAACUGUCUCGCUGUGAGGCAACAGCACUAACCACUGCACCUCGGUGGAGUCCAGGAAAAAACCCAUUAUGUAAAUACUUGAUUGUGUCUUUAAAUUCUGCAGACUUCAUUUCUUAUAAGUUCACAGUGAGCUCGUCUAACGCUCUUUUUACUGUAACUCAGAUUCUGUUCAGUAGUCAGACCCUCUGUGACCCUCGAUGUUUAGAUUAUAACGGUUACAGUAGAACUGAUCCUCCGACAGCUAGAAGAGUUUUAACUGAAUUUCUGUCUAAAGAAAAAAUAAAACAUUUCUUCAUCGAGUGUUAGUAAAAAUGCUUUUGUAAUAAUUCAUGUGUGUUCUUGUUGAUCCAUGAAUCAAACAGAAUCAUCUGCAGAUGAUGUUUAAAAAGCAAGAUGACAAACGUAUCAUCUCCAAGAAGAAAUAACUCUGCAACAAGAAGUGUUCAGUUGUUAUUUUAGAUGUCAGGCUGUGAUGUUUGGUCUUUGGUUGGAGUAUGUUUUAAUAAAUGUUUUGCUAAUAUCUCAUCCUGCUUUCUACUUUGGAAUAAGAGGAGUGUUCUCAUCAUUGCUGGAUUAGUUGCUGCUUUGUUAAUCGCCUUCACUUCCAUCCUUUGUUAAUUUACUCCUUCAGCUGCAGAUCCUCAUCAUUAAUAAAAGUAAUUUCCCCUCUUUUACAUUCAA